GGACUCUUUCUCUCCGGUCUCUCUCCGCUCUCUCUCUGUCUCGUCUCCCGCGACGUUGCGCGACGUUACAUCUGCGAAAGAGAGUUGCGCAUUUUUCCGUCUCGUGUCCACGAAGACUAAACAUGGCUCCUCCAACGUACAACGACCUGGGAAGGAGUGCCCGUGACGUGUUCGGUCAAGGCUACCACUUCGGUCUGUUUAAGCUAGAUGUGAAAACCAAGACCACUUCCGACGUAGAGUUCUGCUGCGGCGGUGUGUCCAAUCAGGACACGGGAAAGGUGUUCGGUAGCUUGGAAACCAAGUACAAGUUCAAGGAACACGGAUUGACAUUUAGCGAGAAGUGGAAUACGGACAAUACCCUUGGGACCGAGGUCACCCUCGCCGACAAGUUGCUCAACGGUCUCACGAUUGGUUACAGCUGUACCUUCUCCCCACAAACCGGCUCCAAAACUGGAAAACUGAAGACGACUUAUAAACAUGAAAAUGUGUCUGCGAAUGCUGACUUUGAUCUCAGUCUGUCCGCGGGACCCCUAAUUUAUGCCUCGGCCGUUGUGGGUUAUCAAGGAUGGUUGGGUGGCUAUCAGGCAUCCUUUGACUCGCAGAGAAACAAACUGACGAGAAAUAAUUUUGCUCUUGGAUUUACUGCUUCUGAUUUUACUCUUCAUAGCGCCGUGGACAAUGGUCGUGAGUUUAAUAGCUCCAUUUACCAUAAAAUAAAGCCGGGUUUGGAGGGAGCAAUUAACUUGGCAUAUAAUUCCAGUAAUAACGUAACGCAGUUUGGUAUUGGCGCGAAGUAUAAUCUCGACAAGGAUGCUAGCAUUAGAGCCAAAGUGAAUUCUAAUCUUCAAAUAGGUUUGGGAUAUCAACAGAAACUGCGUGACGGUGUAACUUUGACGCUUUCUACAAACAUCGACGGGAAGAACUUCGGCUCUGGUGGCCACAAGUAUGGCGUUGCAUUAGACCUUCAGGCUUAAAUACGUAUUAUAUAUAUAUAAAAAAAAAAGUAAUGCUUAUUAUGAAAAAGCGAAAAAUUUAUCCCGUACGAAUAUAAAUAUUUCGUGACCUUUGUCAUAAAAAAAAAAUUGGCGUGACAGUACGUGCUUCAAAUAAAGUAUUACCUGUAACAUGUAGAUCGGUUGAUCCUUGAAUAGACGCCACAAAAUAUCAUUAUUUGAGAUUAGUUGAUGAGCACAUUAGUUUAUAUUAUACACUGUUAUGACCAUGAAUCAACAAUAUUUCUGAACAAAAUGAAAUCGCAUGAAAUGAAUUACGCAUA